UUUAAAAGUUUCAACACAGUCUUCUAUUUAUUAUUUUAAGUAGUUAUACAGGGACGACAAUUUUUAUCUGCCUCCAGCCAGUUUCGUGUACUUUUACUUCAUAUUGUUAUAUAAUACCAGCAUUAAUGUUACAUCCUGUAUUUACCGUAGAUGGAAAUCCGAUUGGAAGAUUUCAACAAAUGUUGCCGCUGUUGUCUUGCGAUGGUGGGUGCAAUGAAAUCUAUAUUUGGUGCUUGUCUCAAUGAUAUGCUUAAAACACUUACGAGUAUUCAGAUAGAACAGGAUGAUGGUUACCCGCAGCAAAUGUGUUCCCGUUGUGUGCUGAAACUGAGCUCUUCGUCUGCAUUCUACACAAUGGUCAUGAAAAACCACAAGACUUUGGAAGAAAUAUUGAAGGCACCGGCAAAAACUAGAGAUAUGUCUGCUUCAGCAGAAAGUGAGGCACCCAGGAACAAUUCAAACACGUCUUUUGAGACAGAAAAUGUACAAAUAGGUCCCCUUAAACCCAGCAUAGAUUAUAGCUUGCAGAAUAAAGUGCCUUGCGAUCAGAUUGUGACGUCUCCAAUAAGAAAAAUGACACAACAGAACAUUUCAAUAAAGUCGGAAUCAGAGAGUGAAGGUUUAUCAGAUAAAGAAGAUUGUUAUCACUGUUCCCAGUGUGAACAUACUUCAGAGAAUCAAGAGGCUUUUGAGGAUCACCUACAAACGCACUUAGUCAAACCUAAAAAAAAUUCAAGAGAUGUAGACGCCUGCCCGCAUCUUUGUAAUUUGUGUGGUGCCAGAUUCCGUUGGCGUACGUCUUUGUUCAAGCAUUUGAGGCGUCACCGUGGCCAUGGAUACAAGUGCGAAGUCUGUCAAAAAGUCUUCGGCGAGACUACUACGCUCAAUGUGCAUAUGCUGAGCCAUAGCGUAAACCAAAAACCCUACCAAUGUGAAACAUGCAGCCGCUCGUUCACCCAACAGUCCAGUUUGCGCAGACACGUACAAACGCACGACGCACGCUCACAGCUCAAGUGCAGUGACUGCGAUAAGAGCUUUCUGCAUAAAUAUUCAUUAUUGAGACAUCGUGAAAACGCUCACUUAGAUACGGAAUGCCCAACUUGCAAAAAUAUAUUUAAAGGUAAAAGGCUUCUUGAGACGCACAUGAAGCUUCAUGAAAAGGCACGGAGAAUAUUGAAACGGACAUUUUGACAGAAAACACUGCAACUGGUAAAUAUGAAUCGUUAGACAUCCAGGCAGUGACAGUGGAGUUUCUUUGCUUAUUAUGCAGUCAAAAGUUUCAAAGCAAAGAGAGUUUAGAGAUUCACGUGUGUUCCAGGAAUGAAAUCAACAGACAUUGUAAUAUAUAUUUGUAAUGUUAAUGUAAUGUUUGGUUUGUUUCUAAAAUAUACAUUUUCUGUUGUUCUCAA